AUGCAGGUAUCUAUCUAUCUAUCUAUCUAUCUAUCUAUCUAUCUAUCUAUCUAUCUAUCAAGGUUUCUCCAAGUGUUUCAUUCCAAUGUCUGUCUUUUCAUAUCUAUCAAUCUAUCUAUCAAGUUUCUUAAUAUUAUUCUUAAUGGCUGUAUUUUCAUAUCUAUCUAUCUAUCUAUCUAUCUAUCUAUCUAUCUAUCUAUCUAUCUAUCUCUAUCUACGUAUCUAUGUUUCUUAAUAUUAUUCUUACUGACUGUAUUUUCAUAUCUAUCUAUCUAUCUAUCUAUCUAUCUAUCUAUCUAUCAAGGUUUCUUAAUAUUAUUCUUAAUGGCUGUAUUUUCAUAUCUAUUUAUCUAUCUAUCUAGCUAUCUCUAUCUACGUAUCUAUUGUCUGUCUUUUGAUAUCUAUCUAUCUAUGCUUGUUCAUCUCUCCCUCCCUCUCUUUCUUUCUUUCUUGGGGAGAGAGAGUAAAUACCUAGUAUGUAAAUUACUCUCUCUCUCUCUCUCUCUCUCUCUCUCUCUCUCUCUCUCUCUCUUUCUCUCUCGAGGUUUGUAA